UUCAGGCAUGUUGUCUUGUUAUACAUUUUUAGAAAAGCAGAAACCGGGAUUGUGAAAGUUGCACACUUGGAGGAAUACAAUCAUGCACUCUUGCCAAGACUGGAAAAUGAGCCUAUAUGCAGUUGCCAUAAUUCUAGCCUUGGUGAUUCAAGACAGUCAUGCACAAGAAUGUGGUCAACCAGUCUUCAAGAGUCGGAUUGUGGGAGGGACUGAUGCAGUCAAGGGGGCAUGGCCAUGGCAGAUCAGUUUACAAUAUCUUGGCACACAUAGAUGUGGUGGGUCCCUCAUAACACCUGACUGGGUCGUGACUGCUGCUCACUGCAUUAUAAAACCAGUCAAUAUGAGUAUGUACGCAGUGAUCCUAGGAGGAUAUCAGUUGGACCUUCCGAAUUCAAACAUGCUCACACUUGGAGUCAGUAAUAUAAUCAUCAAAGACAACUACAUAAACGCUACACUUGGUAAAGACAUUGCUGUCCUACAACUUGCACAAACUGUGAAUUAUACAGACUACAUCCGUCCAGUUUGCCUGCCAAACUCUUCUUACUCGAUUCCUGAUGGUACAAUGUGCUGGGCCACUGGUUGGGGUGAUAUCAGCUCAGGUGUCAGUCUUCCAUACCCUCAGACUUUACAGCAAGUGGAAAUGCCCAUCAUAAAUCAGCCGCAGUGUGAUUGCAUUUAUCAUGUGAACAAUACUUACACUGAACAAGAGCAGAUCGUAUCAUCUGAUACCAUAUGUGCUGGGUACACGCUGGGUGGAAAGAGUACCUGUCAGGGUGACUCUGGAGGACCACUAGUAUGCAAGGAGGGUGCAGUCUGGAUACUGGUAGGUCUGACAAGUUGGGGAUAUAGAUGCGCACAGCCUCUUCGCCCUGCGGUGUUCACACAUGUCACAGAAUUCCAGACAUGGCUUCAGAGCAAUGUGCCCAGGCUGCAGUUUGUGACAUUUACCCAAACUUCAACAUCGCCCUUGGUUAAUAUAACAUGCGAGUUCCAAAAUGGAGUGGCAGUGAUAAUACAGGAUAAUGGAAAUCCUUACGCAAGCACUGUCAGCACAAAUUCUGCAAAGGAUAGUGCAGCGAUGAUUGGUGCCACCAACAUAAAUCCUAGUAUCACAACAGAGAACAGUGUCACCCUCACAAAUCUUAGUACCACAACAGUGAACAGUGUCACCCACAGGAAUCCUAAUACCACAACAGUGAACAGUGCCAUUAAAUAUGCCAAUUGCGUCGGCAUUUUUAGACUCUUCACCAUCUUAACAAGUAUGGCUUCUGUCCUGGUAGUCUUCCAUCUGCAAAUGUAGAUAUGCCUUAGACCAAUUGACAUUCACUUGCCAUGUCUGCUAUUUGUGCUUAAUUCCACAGGAAGAUGAAAUUAGUGACAAGAUUCUACAUAUAGAAGAGAAAGAUGAUAUAAAAGUGGACAAGGGGGUUGCAUGGGAUUAAAUUAAAUUUUCCCAAAUUCAAGCCCUACUUCACAGAAUUGACAAUUGAUUACUCUGUGUGUAGGUGUGUGCAUCUCGUUGUCUGUAGUUUAGGAGAUAAAACAUUUCAAUUUUACAUCAACAACAAAAUUGUACAAUCCUCUUAAUAUACAUAUUGUCUGUGAUUUUUGGAAAUUGCCGCUAAUGAGCAGUAGUUUGUAAGACAGUAAUACACCAAAGUAUCUGCUAAGCAUAGCAAAAGUGUUGAUACCAGUUAUUUAUUU